GAUCCCUUCCUUUUCUAGAAAUUUGAAUUUAUAAUAUAUUGACCUAACUUGAAUAUCAUUCCAUUGAAAUGGCAACCACUAGAUUGUUGCGACAAUCUAUGGUGCCAUUUGAUCAACUUCCUUCUUCAUCUUCUUCUUUUUCUUCUCCGUUUGCGAAAUGUGUCCGGUGUCAAAGCACGGCCGGUUUGGGUGGAGAUAAGAAGAUAACUUCAGCUGAUCUGAAAAGAUCGGAAAGGAAGGCUGUCGUGACGAUGAAGGCAUCCAUGGUGACCGCCAACCGUUUAACCAUAUCGAAACCAGUACUGGUUCCUCAAGGAUUGUCGGAAUUAUUAGCUGAAAUCAUCGCAAGUGUUCGCAAUGCUAUGCUAGUGAUUCUUUUGAGGAAUGCCGUCAUAAAAAGGAAGGUUAAAAGGAGUUUACAUCCACAAAUGCUCAUUGAAAGGGCCAUAGUGGAUUGCAGAUUUUUUACGUUGUUUGCUGUAGCUGGAUCUUUACUUGGCUCGGUAUUGUGUUUUCUUGAGGGCUGUGUUCUGGUUAUUGAGUCAUACGCGCAUUACUUCCAUAUGUUGUCUCAACCGUUGGAUCAGGGACAUCUGGUUCAUCUACUCAUCGAGGCCAUAGAUAUGUUCCUGGUAGGAACAGCCUUACUCAUGUUUGGGGUUGGUUUGUAUGUCAUGUUUGUGGGAUCUUGCAAGGGUACUAGUAAAGAAAAAGAACCUUUUGGACACUUUCAAAUUAUGAAGUCUGCGCCGCGGUGGGUUGGAAUGCAAUCAAUUGAACAAGCAAAGUCAAAAAUUGGGCAUGCAGUGAUGAUGAUUCUUCAAGUUGGACUAAUAGACAAGUUCAAUAAUAUUCCAAUGGUCACAGGCCUUGAUCUUGCUUGUUUUGCAGCAGCUUUACUCACAUCUUCAGCAACCAUUUUUGUCCUCUCUAAGCUUAAUCAACACUAAUUAAUUAAUAUUCAAUUAAUAGUUUUCUCUUAAAUUUAUGUAACAGUACAUGGUAGUAGUAUUUCUUUUGUAAGCCAAAAGACUAUAUAUUAUGUUGUCCUUUUC